AUGGGCAUGUUGAAUGUUGAAAACAACAUUAAAAAUGAACUACUGGAAUUUAAUUCUGCUUAUAUUAAAUACAAUUCAGCAACAAGUAAUGAUGAUGAUAUUUUAAAAAAUAUACCCAUGGAAAAAUUCUAUAAUUUUCUGGUUUUAUUGGGUGUGUUAGAAAAAGAUAUGAAAGCUUUAUUAAAACUAAAACAAAUUUCCAUUAAUAACAACAAGAGUAACGCAUCCGUUCAAAAACAAUACGAUAUUGCUAGAGACCUUCCCUCAAAUUCUUCGAAAAAUUACAUAUAUGCUGAUGAUCAUCAAGAAAUGUCAAAAUCAAAUUCAACAUCUGCUUUGACUCAAUCGCCGCCACAAUUUCAAUUACCACCAAUUUCACACCUAACAAAUCCAAGAAGUCCAAACACUAAUUCUCAUUUAGCUGAAAAAGAGAACAAUAAUAAUUCAAAUGUAUUCCAUUUUCCAACUGGUAUUCAUCAUACAAUUUCAGAUCACCAAAGUAUCGAAAAUGCUCCAAAUUCAUGCGAGAAAUUAAUUAUGAGAAUUAAAAAAAGAAAUAACUUACAUAAUCCAUAUAAUUAUAUGGGUGCUGUAAAUUCAAAUCAAAUUCAUAAAAGACAAUUAGCUGACAAUUUACAAAGCCGACUCAUUAAUAAUAAUGUAAGUCAUUUACAUCCAGAUUCAAGGCAUCUACCAAACAAUAGCAUCAACGUAAGUAAUGUACCAUACGAUCAAAACAAUCCUUCAAGAAAUCAAAAACUUUUGAAUAGAGUUGAUCCACCAACAUUAUUUUGUAAACAAUGUAAUGAAAAUGAAACUCCAGAAUGGAGAAGAGGUCCAUACGGUAACAAAACAUUAUGCAACGCUUGUGGCUUAUAUUACAGCAAAUUGAUUAAAAAAUUCAAUAGCGAACAAGCUAAUAUUAUAAUGAGAUAUAAAAAGACCACUUAUCCAUCAGAUAGAAAAAUUCCACUACAGUUUGAAAUACCUAUUAAUUUUAUUGAACAUUUGAAAAAUGAUUCCACUCUAGAUGAUGCUUAUUUUAACAAAUAA